AUGGCGGCGAACGCUUGGUAACGGCGGAGGCUGUGCAUGCGCAGAACGGUGUUCGCUAUGGAUUGUGGGAAGGGAAAGGUUGGCCGCUGCUGAGUGUACGGUGCCCGAGCCUUGGAGACGAGUAGAAACGAAAACCAGGGAUCAGAGGGGGAUUCCUGGGCGUACGGCACCGCUUGGCCCCUCAUCCUCCAGUUUACAGCAGUGACGUCCUCCGGUCCCCGGAAUGGAUCCUGGCGGUGUCCGGCGCACACAGGAAUCACUGGGGAAGGUGAUCAGGAAACCGCCACUGACCGAUAAACUGCUGGGGAAGCCGCCGUUCCGGUACCUGCACGAUAUCCUGACCGAGGUGAUUAGAACGACUGGGUUUUUUAAGGGCUUGUACGCGGAAUCUGAACUGAAAUCGGAUAACGUGAAGGAUAAAGAUGCCAAAAUCAGCUUCUUACAGAAGGCCAUAGAUGUGGUCAUUCUGGUCACCGGGGAGCCUCUUACUGUCAAGCCAGCUCGUGUUGUGGCGGGACAUGAACCGGAGAAGACCAAUGAAUUCCUACAAGCCAUAGGAAAAUGCUGUUUGAAUAAACUUUCCAGCGAUGAUGCAGUGAAGAGGAUAUUGUCAGGAGACAAAGUGGACCUUAAAGGCAAGCCGCCAUCAAGUUCCAAAUCUCAGGACAAAGAGAACAGGGAAGCAAAGGAUGAAGAGAGGAAAAGUCACAAGGAGAAAGAAGACAAAAGAGAAACUGAAAUCAGAGAACGAAGUGGAAGCAGAGAUAGGAAGGACAGACAACUCAAAGAGGACGAGAAAAAAGAGAGGGAAAGAAAAAAGGAAAGGGAGAGAAAUGGGGAGACAGAGAGAGAUGGCUUGCGAGAGGGAGAAAAAAAUGAGAAAGAAAAGAACAGAGCGAGAGAGUCCCGGUCUGAUAAGGAUAAAGAAAGAAGUAAAGAAACAUCUGAGCGAGAGAAAGGCAGGGAAAGACAAAGUGAUGGGAGUCACGGAAAAGAGAAGGACAGAACGAGAGAGAAAGCAAGAGAGCGAGACAGGGAGCAGGAAAGAAACCCGGACAAAGAGAAGGACUCCGAACAUCGCAGUCGCGACAGAGACAGUGACCGUGGGGAGCGUAGUAGGGACCGCGAGCAAGAAAAAGCACGAACCCGAGAAAGGGAUAAAGAGCGCAAAAGGGAGAGAGACCCUGAGAGGGAAAGAAGGAAAGAACGUGGAAGGGAUAAUGAUUACCAGACGGGAAGAGGGGAAAAACCGCAAGAUGAAGAAAAGACGGAACGCAAGCAUAAAGCAUCAGAGGAUUCUACAAGGAAAACUUCCGAGGUCCCUUCAGGAGAAGACAAAGUCAUCCCACAGAAGGAGAAGGUCCCUGCCCAGUCCAAAUCCUCACGACCAUCAGCCUCAAAACUGCGAGAGAGACGACCAGCAAAACCUAGUGGUGAAGGAGGGGCCGCCAGUGAUGAAGAAGGUGGAACUACAGAGUUGCAUCAUUCAGAAAGCCAUGAUGUUGCUGAUACAAACAUUGCUGCGCAGAGAAAAAUCCCUCGACCUGGAAGUGCCCGACCUGCACCACCAAGAGUCAGACGUGAGGCCAGCGCAGAAGUAGUUGCUCCAGAAAGGGUCAGCAGUGGAAAAGGUGUAUCCAACGUCAUUGUUGACAAGCGGAAAGAUGACGACGACGACAGUGAGUUUGUGGUGGAAGAAGCUUCUCCUCAGUUAUCAGAGAUGCCCAAAAUGGAGCUAGAGCCAGAGCUGGAUCUCACCGGAGAUGAGAAACACGGUAGUCUCGUCAAGAAAAUCUUAGAAACCAAAAAGGACUACGAGACGCAGCAAGAUGCAAUCAGUAAGGGCAAAUUACUCUUGACCGAUACUGGAAGAAAAAAAGAGAAGGACUUAGUGACUAAAGAGAUAGAGAAACUGAGGGGCUCCAUCCAGAUUGUGUGUCGCAGUGCUUUACCACUGGGUAAAAUGAUGGACUACAUCCAAGAGGACAUGGACACGAUGAAAAAUGAAUUGCAGAUGUGGAGGACAGAGAACAGAGAGCAUGCAGAAGUCCUUCUCCGGGAGCAAAGCGUCACGGACACAGCUGUGGAUCCUCUAAAGGCAGAACUUGCUGAACUUGAGCAGCUGAUCCAAGAACAGCGAGAUAAGAUUUGCACAGUCAAAGGGAACAUUCUACGGAAUGAAGAGAAAAUCCAGAAGAUGGUUCAGGGCAUCGGAGCGUCCGGAAGAGACUGAAUUAUGCUUUGACGUUCUCAUUCCAUUACUCAGAGACAUACUUUAUAUCUUUCCACACAUCCAGUCAUAAAAAUCUAUUUAUUUUGGCUUUUGUUCGGGGUGAGUGUUUAUAUUCUAUGCAUUGUUGGGAGGUUUGUGACCAUUUUCUUUGUAAAUGGCAGCCUCCAUCCUGAAGCACUCUGCUGGUCAUUGGCUGAUGUCUGUGAUUAGGAGACUGACUGAUCCCCAUUACUGGACCACUUCCAUUACAAUGCACUUAUCUAAAGAAAAGUCUAAUUUUCUACCUUUUUCUUUGGAAAAUGAGUAAUGCCUACGGUAUAAUUGUAUACAUUGGAUUGUCAGCUGAUCACGCCAAAAGUGACUGAAUCUGGCUACAAAUAUUUCAUGGCUCUAACGCCUUAGGUGGAAUUCACACAGUGGAUUUUGCAAAGGCAAAAUGUGCCACAUAUUUCAUAGAAGAAACCCUUGUGGUUUCUGUCGCGUUUUAUCAAUUUGAAUGUCACGGACCUGCUUGCAGUUUAGCCCCAUUAAAUGGAGCUGAACGGCGAGCGGACACAGCGCCAAAAAAAAAA